AUGGCGAAGCUCGGAGUUGCUUUCGGCUUUCCUUUCAUCGAAUACGAGCUCAAAGCUCAAGGAGUUUUCUACGAAAUCGAAUGUGCCAACCAAACCGGCGAUGUUUGGGGUCCAGAGAAAACUCUAUGCAACGACGCAUUGAAAUUAUACAAUACUCUUUUCACUGUUGCAACGGUCUUCAGCAUGGCUGGCGCUGUUUGCGUCGGAUUCAUUCUCGACAAGCUUGGAAUGUUCUGGACCAGAAUGAUUUAUUGUUCCAUAACGACUCUAGAUUUGGAUGAUAAUGCUAAUGCAUAUGCGCUUAUUGUCAUCUUUUCGAUAGCGAAGACGAUUGUUUACGCCGCCCCUAAUAUGUUCUUGUUCUACAUGUUUCCCGCUGAGCAUUUCGGUCCUCUAUAUGGACUUCUCACCGCUCCUACACUCGUCACCAUGUGGUUAAUGGACCCACUCUUUCGACUAAUUCUCGGCGACUCAGAUAGCCUCGCCGAUGCCGAUUUUUCACCAGUUUCAAUCGGCUUUGCAGUUAUUUGCGGACUCUGUUUGCUUCAGGUCGUUUUACCGAAAAUCGGCCUUAUUUCAGCGGCGAAAAAGAUUAGCAAAGAAAAAAAGAUGGAAACACAACGCGAUAAUCGAAUUGAAAACUAA